CUUUCUAUUUUUUUUUCAAUCGAGAUUCAUCAUCACACUUUGACAAUAAUAUUCCGAACCUUUACCCAGAAAAAGCAGUCAUUCAACGUUCAUUCAUAAAAUUCAGGUUUCCUCCCUUCUUAGCAGUUGAAAAGUCCAAUAUUACUCGCUACCCUUUUCUUCAUUUAGCGUGCAUGGCUUAAACGCUCAAGUCUGUUUGAGUACUAGCAGUAGUUUUUGUUGAACGAAGACUUUUUUUUUUUUUUUCAUUUAUGGGAGAAGAAGAAGAAACGAAAUCCAAGAUCUCGAACAAAGAGAGAGAACCCAGAACCAGAAAUGAAGCUGCUGCUGAAAAAAUGUUCAAAAUGGGUUUCUUCAGAUCUUGAUUGGAAGUUUUUACUCUUAAUUCUCCCUCCUCUCUCUCUCCUCUUUUAUCUCUCUCUCUCCUCCAUUCCCACCAUUACCACUUCCACUUUCACCUUCAACAAUCCCUUUUCCACUUUUGCCCCUUUCAAAUCCGUUUUCAACAAUAAUGCCCCUCCUCCUCCUCCUAACUCCUUGCUGAACCGGUCUAGCUUACUCCCGCCGGUUUUUGCGAAUCAAUCGGAGACUCGGUCUAGAAAUGAUGAGCCGUUGUUUUCGCCGGUUUAUAAACCGGCGACGAAGGAGGAGUUGGAUCGGUCUAGAAUUGCAGUGUGUUUAGUGGGUGGGGCUCGUAGGUUUGAACUAACUGGGCCUUCUAUUAUCCAGAAGAUUCUGAAAGAAUAUCCGAAAUCUGAUCUUUAUCUUCAUAGCCCGUUUGAUUCUAAAGCUUAUAAGCUCUCCUUGUUAAAGGCUGCUCCGCGAAUCUCCGCCGUUAAAAUUUUCCGGCCAAAACCAAUUAACAUGACCGAGUCUCAGGUCCGAGUUCUCAGCCCUCGCAACUCACCAAAUGGUAUACAGGGUCUGCUGCAAUAUUUCAACCUAGUAGAGGGCUGCUUAACGAUGAUUCAAGCACAUCAACGCCGGAACAACUUCACUUAUGACUGGAUAAUCCGUACUCGAGUUGAUGGCUACUGGAACGCCCCACUAUCUCCCGACGACUUCAUUCCAGGUGCCUACCUAGUUCCUCCAGGUUCAUCCUACGGUGGCUUAAAUGAUCGCUUUGGCCUCGGUGACUACAACACGUCUGUAGUUGCUCUUUCGAGGCUCUCUUUGAUUCCUGAGCUGGAUUCAGCUGGAUACCAUCUCCUCAACUCAGAGGGCGCAUUCAAGGCCCAACUGACUAUCCACAAAGUUCCCUACAUCACUAAGCGCCUCCCAUUCUGCGUUGUAUCGGAUCGUAGCUAUGAUUUUCCACCACCCCGUUUUGGUGUUCCAGUAGCAGCACUUUCUAGUCCAGGCCCAUUAAGUGGUGCCAAGUGCCGGCCUUGCACACCUUCAUGCACUGACCACUGCGUUGGGCUGGUAAUGAACAGACUGUACAAAGGAUGGAGCUGGACCGAUUGGGCCAAUAACACCCUUCUGCUCUGUGAUGCUCAUGCCGAGUGGGAGAGCGGGUGGCAGAAAUUAUUCGAUGAAGUGGCAGGUGAUAAACUGGCUGCAGCGAGAAGGCGAGUUGAAGAUUUAAGAAUGGAGCAAUGUGUGAGGGAUUUUGCAGAAAUGAAGAAGAAGACAGCUUAUUGGGAGGCUCCUCCAGUGUCUCAAAUUUGUCAAUUGGGCUUAUCAGCAUCUGCUUAACUUCAAAGCAAAAUCCAAUAUAGUAUAGGUAAACUAUGUAUAGUUUCUAGCCUUCCACGCAGCUUUUUUCUAUAUUUCAAUUCUUUAUUCCUUUUUCCUUCUUCGGGAAAAAAAACAACGUACCCAAUAUAAUACCGCAUAAUGGGGUUUGGGGUACGCAGACCUUACCCCUACCUUGCGAAGAUAGAGAUGUUGUUUUCAAUAGAACCUCGACUCAGGAAAGCUCGGGAAAACAAAAAAGAGUUCUAGAAAUACCUAGGUGUUUUUGUAGACAUGUUUUUUGGAAUAUUUCAACGGAUAUUACUAGUGCUUAGCUUUGUAGAGAAAGGAUUGCAGAGAAAAGGUAACAGGUUCCAGUUUUGGUA